AUGUCUUGGUUUAGCAAGCGCAGUGAACGUAACGCGAUACCCCCGGUAAACGAGGAGCCGGCUCCCAGUUUCCGUUCUGCGGCCCCCAGCUACAAGUCGACGCCCAGCAUUCGUUCUGCGGCCUCCUCCUACGUCCCCAGCCGGGAUGGGCCGAGCUACCAGUCCAACUCUGGCUAUGAACAGAGCUCGUACCAGAGGGCGCCGGUGACCUCGGCGGCGCCUGCGAACGACGCCCGUGCGAACCAGGACCGCAGCGAGCUCUUCGCUGGCUAUAAUCCGCAGAAGGCGCAACCCAACCGGUUCAACGAGGGACCGAGCCUCGGGCGCGAGCCGCCGCCUGGGGAGGAGAACGACGAGGACGUGGAGGGCAUCAAGAAGCAGACUCGCUGGGUCAAGCAGGAGUCCGUCAACUCGACCAGGAACGCUCUCCGCAUGGCCCGGGAGGCCGAAGAGACGGCUCGUGGCACGCUCGGUCGUCUCGGCGACCAGUCUGAGAAGCUCGCCAACACCGAGCGCCACCUCGAUGUCGCCAAGACCCAUUCGCAGCGCGCGGACGACAAGACGGAUGAGCUGAAGCAGCUUAACCGUUCCAUCUUCCGUCCGGUCAUCACUUUCAACAAGGACGCCAAGCGCGCGGCCAAGGAGGCAGAGAUCCAGCGUCGUUACGAGGAAGAUCGCGACCAACGCGAGCGCACGAUGGUCGAGGUCCGCGAAUCGCAGAACCGUAUUGGCCGUGCCGGCGGCUUUGAUGACGAGGAAGGCAUCGGUGGACGUCGUGGCUUGACCGAGACACAGUUGAAGAUGCGCAAGGACCAGCGUAAGCGCUACCAGUUUGAGGAGACUGCCUCGGACGACGAACUCGAAGACGAGCUCGAUGAUAACCUUAACGAGAUCGGCGAUGUCGCUAAGCGUCUGAAGAACCUGGGCAUGGCUAUGGGCCAGGAACUCGAUCAGCAGAACUCCCGUAUCGACCGCCUCGGUGACAAGGCCGGUGGCCUUGACCAGCGCCUCUUCAGCACCACCGAGCGCCUCAAGCGCAUCAAGUAG